GCCCGGCCCGCCCCUCACAGUGCCAUUAGACGCUCCGGUCACGCUGGAAACUGCGACUUCCCAGCUCCAUCACAUCGACUUUUAUUUCCUCCACACACUCGGUGCUUUCUUUUUUAAAGGAGCGCUGCGUUUUAUUUACGCAUCUUCGGUGGACAAACAGAUCGCAAGCACCUUUUUUUUCCUCCCCUCCAACACUCCUGCAGCUGAUAUUCGAACCCAAUGGCUCUGCGUGUGGUGCUGCUCUGCUCUCUGUCCGGGCUUCUUCUUGGCCAAGGAGAAGAGCACAUCUCAGUAGACGACUGUUGUAAAGAUGGCCAGAAGCAUGCAAAUAAUAAGAAUGACUGUGCGUCCCUCCCCCUCAUUUCUGCUUCAAUCACUUGCAGGAUUGCACAGGAGCAGUGCUGUGUGUCAGUGCUGGAAGAUGGCAUGUGUUCCACUGGUAUCAACGUGGCCAAAGAUCAGGCGGUCUGCGAUUCUGUGCUUGCUGGCACCUGUGAGACCAAGACAACAAAGAUGUGCUGCGAAUGUUGUCUUCUGGGGAAGGCAGCUCAGGAGCUGAACAUACCCUGCGACCACAGCCUGUCUGUAGGCUACCAAUGCAGCCUGGUGUUCCGGGCCUGCUGCACGGAUGGAGCCUCAGACAACCAGACAGCAGAACUAGGACAGUCUGAAUUACCCAACAAGCAUGGCAUCAAUGUAAAUGGAGGCAAAUCAGUGGCAGACGAUCCGUGCAAAGGAAGGUGUGAUCAUGUCUGUGUUGGGAAUGACAUCUGCACCUGCAUGGAAGGCUAUAAGCUCAAACCUGAUGGGCAGAGAUGCGAGGACAUCAACGAGUGCUUGCUGGGAUCCAGUAACUGUCGGGGUGGAGAGCGUUGCAUCAACACCGAGGGCUCAUUCCGCUGCAUGAGAGAGGUCAGCUGUGGAACCGGCUAUGAGCUCACUGAAAGCAAUGACUGCAAAGAUAUAGAUGAGUGUGAGACGGGUAUCCACAACUGUGGUGAGCAGUUUGAGUGCCAAAACUCCCAGGGGUCAUUCCGUUGUGUCCCAAAGACCAAGUGUGGCGAAGGCUUCAUCCAGGACGCGCUCGGAAGCUGCAUUGAUAUCAACGAAUGUGUCACCCAGACGAGUCCGUGCCACAGAGGGCAGAUCUGCCUCAACACGGUCGGGUCCUACAUCUGCCAGAGAAACUCUGUGAACUGCGGUCGGGGAUACCACCUCAAUGAAGACGGCACGCGCUGUGUCGAUAUUGACGAGUGUAAAGGACCUGAGCAAGUCUGUGCUGGUCAUGCUUGCAUCAACCAACUGGGAUCGUACCGCUGCGAGUGUGAAAUGGGAUACAACUUUAACAGCAUCACCCGGCUCUGUGAAGAUAUCAAUGAGUGCAGGCAUUACCCUGGACGUCUGUGUGCUCAUAAAUGUGAAAACACACUGGGGUCCUACAUGUGCAGCUGCACCACCGGCUUCAACCUGGCUAAAGAUGGCAAGAACUGCGACGAUUUGAAUGAGUGUGAGAGCAACCCAUGUAGUCAAGAAUGUGCCAACGUGUAUGGCUCCUACCAGUGUUACUGUCGCCGUGGCUACCAGCUCAGUGAUAUAGAUGGCAUGACUUGUGAAGACAUAGAUGAAUGUGCCCUUCCCACUGGAGGCCAUAUUUGUUCGUAUCGCUGCCACAACACACCAGGCAGCUUCCACUGCUCCUGUCCUGUCAACGGCUACGCCUUGGCAGUGAAUGGUCGCAGCUGCCAGGAUGUUGACGAAUGUGUAACGAAUAAACACACAUGCACCGAAAAUGAGAACUGCUUCAACAUACAGGGAGGGUAUAAGUGCCUGUCCUUUGACUGUCCCAACAACUACAGACGUAUUGGACAGACUCGAUGCGAACGCUUGCUUUGCAGUGACUCUGAGUGCCUGAUCUUGCCCGUGAGAAUAACCUUCUACUACCUCACCUUCCCCACCAAAAUCCCCGUCUUCACCAACAUCUUCCGCAUGGGCCCCUCCCACACGGUGCCCGGCGAUGACAUCGAGGUGGCUCUCAUCGCUGGCAAUGAGGGGGGGUUCUUCAAGGCAGAGCGCACGCCCACCGGUGGCGUGCUGUCGGUGGCAAGGCUCAUCGACAAGCCACAGGAUUUCUGGCUGGACCUGGAGCUGAGGCUGCGCCGCUAUGACACGGUCUCCAUUUACCUGGCUAAGGUUCUGGUGUUUGUAACCCAGGAGAAGCCCAGAGUACCAUACAACCCCUACCAAGAAUAAAAUUAGGACUUGUUGAGAGUUACACGCAUUAGUUUACAACGAAAGAAAAUGCGUCAAACAAGAUAAUAAGAUGUACACUGCUAUAUUCUUCAAGGUAUAGGCAAUACAGAAUGCAAUACUGACACCCCUAGUAAAAAAGUGUAAAAAGCCUUAAAAAAUGCACUACACCAAUCACAGUGCUUUGACCGAUUUCCAGGCUCUGGCAUUUGUAAUGCUUUGAUUUGAUGAUACAAGUUUUAACCGAUUCCAUUUUCUCUUUAAGUCCUAAAAUAAACAGCUUUUAAAAUAAUCUGAUAUUAAUGAAUCAUAUUUAGAGCAGAAGUGAAAUCACACUUUGUCUGAAUAUCAUUAAUGUAAGAAAUGGUCAAAAUAUAUUUACAGAUUUGAGAUUUUAAAUGGUCUUUAGCAUCCUAUGUUUUCUGUUAUACCUGAAUGUGUUGCCAUUGUUACGCCUCGUCCCCAAACUUCCGCUAUAUGUGACGUCAUUGCAGCCACCCCAUAAACGCAAUUUUGCUGUCUUACUUUCAGCACUCCAGGUGUCUGCUGAAGUUUUUUUCUGAGUCAGUUUGCCUCAAACAUAGAUACAAAUUUCUGUCCUUUGGCAGACAACCCAAACUGCAAAAGUAUAAAUUAUUGGACUUUUAUAGGGAAGCUGCUGUCUUUGUAUCUGUAUAGCAUCUCUUUGUACUCUCAUCCACAAUAGUUUUUUUCAGACCUAUAAAAAAAAUCUUAAAAUGUACACAAAAUUAUUAAAGAAAAGCACCACAGUUUUGGUUUUCAGUUUUACACUGUCAACUGUUUCAGCUAAAACUUUGAGCGUCAUCUUUCUGAAUUAUAAAUUACAUCUGAGUUGAUGUUUUUAUUUUCUUUUUAGUUACUGCAUUGUCAUAGCCACAACUGUAGGUGGCGACCUAGGUCUGGGUAAAUGGUUAAGAGGUAACGACCCAAGUAUGCCUUGUGGAUGAGUGUAACUUGAUGAUGGUUGCAUGAUAAAGUCUGACAUUCUGCAGCAUUUUAUGGUUUUGGUGUUGGAUGAACACUUUCUAUUAAAACCAUGAUAGAAAUAACACAUGUUCAAGUCAAAUCCUGUUCUUGAUAAUGGUGCAUUCUGGGGUUUUAAUCAAAUGCAGCGAUGGGAGCUGUUAUGUUGGGAGGCCAAGUCACAGUUGUAGGCAUGAAGAGUCACAUUCACAUAGUCUCACAUUUCUUGUAUUCCAGCGGUUUCAGCAGAGAGAAAAUGCAGCUGUGCAUGCAAAUUCUCCAGUAUUAGACUCUAAUAUAUUGUUUAAAAUGAUCAUUUUUAAAGAGACCUGCAUUGGUGUAAUUUGCAAACAGAAAUCAUAUAAAGUGUGCAUAUUAAAUUGCUCAAGCAAACAAAAA